AUGGCUAAUUACUCUCAAGGCCACAUUUGCCAGUGCCUAACAAGACUAUCAACUCUCCGCUCAACUUCUGUUGUUACCAUUACUGGUAACAGGCAAAAAACAGGACACCAGUUUGCUGAAGAUGUUCUGUCUUUGGCUCGUGGGCUGCUUCAACUUGGUCUUGGCAAUGGUGAAAUUGUAGCCAUCUGUGGUUUCAACGGUGAUUGGUAUUUGGAGUGGUUACUUGCAGUUGCAUUUGUUGGAGGCAUAGUUGCUCCUUUGAAUUACCGAUGGAGCUUCGGAGAAGCAAAAUCGGCAAUGUUAAUGGUAAGGCCAGUGAUGUUGGUCACUGAUGAGAGCUGUAAACACUGGUAUUCAGAGCUUCAGAUUAAUGCUAUACCUUCUGUCAAGUGGCAUGUUUUCUUGGGUUCCCCUUCCUCUGACUUUAUAAAAACAUCAAAUGUGUUAACUACUGAAACACUUAGCAAACAUGCCGGAGGAUCUAAACAACUUAAAUACUCCUGGGCACCUGAAGGUGCUGUUAUAGUAUGCUUCACUUCAGGAACUACUGGAAGGCCCAAGGGAGUUAUCCUAAGCCAUUCAGCUUUGAUAGUACAAUCCCUAGCAAAAGUUGCCAUUGUUGGUUACAACGACGAUGAUGUUUAUUUGCACACUGCUCCAUUGUGCCAUAUUGGUGGAUUGUCAUCAGCCAUAACCAUGCUAAUGGUUGGAGGUUGCCAUGUCUUGAUACCGAAGUUUUCUGCUACAGUAGUAGUAGAAGCUAUUGAGCAACAUCGUGUUACUUCUCUAAUCACUGUCCCUACAAUGAUGGCUGAUUUGAUUUCCUUAACCAGUCUGAAGGAAACUUGGAAAGGGAGACACUGUGUGAAGAAGAUAUUAAAUGGAGGUGGGAGCCUGUCAACGGAUCUUGUGAAAGAUGCUGCUAAAUUGUUCCCAAAAGCUAAGCUUCUUUCGGCAUACGGGAUGACAGAGACAUGUUCUUCUCUAACUUUCAUGACCCUUUAUAAUCCAACACUUCAAACCCCUGCUCAGACUCUGCAGACCGUGGAUAAAACAAAAUCCAGUUCAGUUCACCAACCACAAGGUGUAUGUGUUGGCAAGCCUCCACCACAUAUUGAAUUAAUGAUAAGUGCAGACGGUCCCUCUAAUAUCGGCAGAAUUUUAACUAGAGGCCUGCAUCUAAUGGUUAGAUAUUGGGAUCAGAAGCAAAUGAAGGCAGCAGACUCUAGUGAUGAUUUUUGGCUGGACACAGGUGACAUUGGUUCCAUAGAUAACUGUGGUAAUGUAUGGCUCGUUGGACGACAAAAUGGCCGAAUCAAGAGUGGUGGGGAAAACAUUUACCCUGAAGAGGUGGAAGCAAUGUUGUUGCAACAUCCAGGAGUUAUUGCCACUGUUGUAGUAGGAGUUCCAGAUGCUCGCUUGACGGAGAUGGUUGUUGCUUGCAUUAAACUGAGGGAAAGUUUGCAAUGGACCAAUAACAACUGUAAACAAUCUGCAGAAAACAAGCUAACCUUAUGCAGUGAGAUUCUCCGAAACCAUUGCAGGGAAAACAAUUUGACCGGGUUUAAAGUGCCUAAGCUAUUUAUUUUAUGGAGGGAACCAUUUCCACUGACAACAACUGGAAAGAUAAGAAGGGACCAAGUUCGAAGGGAAGUUAUGUCUCAUCUACAAUUCUUCCCCAGUAAUCUUUGA